AUGGCUGGCUGCUAUAUUGCUGGUCGAAGCUCUGGAGCACAUCUCAAUCCGGCUACCGCAAUCAUACUCGACGUCUUCCGUGGCUUCCCGAAAAACGAAAUACUGGUAUGCAUUGUCGGUCAAUUAAUUGGAGCAUAUGUCAACUCGAUUGUAGCAUACCGCGAUUAUCUCAAAGGUAUGCUCGGCCUGCUGAAUGACGAUUCAGACCGGAUGUCAGAGGUAUGGACACUUCCAUCGAAUCCUCUUAUCAACAUCGACACAGAGCGCUUUUUCGCCAGCACUGGUUUAGCUUUGGAAAAUCUCGGGCUUGAUGGAUACGACAUUAUUGGUGAUAAAUGGUAUUGCUGUGCUCCGACCACCGGUGUCAUUGUCGGCGGAACCCGCGAUGAUUUUUCGAUCCUUCUGUGA